AUGUCUUCCUCUCUGCCGCUACCAUCUCUCCCUCCGAGUCCGCUGGCCAUGGAGUAUCUCAACGACUUCGACCUGCUGAAGUUUGAGGUGAAGCCUGACACCCCUCCGCCCCCUGCCACCUGCCUCUACCCCAAAGCAGGGGUCCACGCGGAGAUGACCGGUUCUCCGUUUGCUCCUCGCCCUCCUGCUGACUCCAGCCUGAGCUCCAGCCCGUACACGUCUCUGCCCCCGUCGCCCACGCUCAGCGAUGGACCCCCGCCUGCCUCCGCCUCCUCCUCGUCCUCCUCGCUCUCCUUCCCGCUUUCCAUCUCCACCGGGUACCUGUCAGGACAGAGCUCCGGCUCUCAAGGGACACUGGACGGGAGCCCCAGUGCAGCGGGAGGUCCCGCGCCAUGUCCUAACGCCACCUCGCUGGAAGAUCUGCUGUGGCUGGCGGCUCUCCAGCAGCAGUUCGGGGGGGAGGCUGGAGGUGCUGCUUCUCUACUGGGAGCGUUGGGAGGAGUGCCGGAGCGAGGAGACCGGGACCAAAGAGGCUUUCUGGGAUGCGAAGAUGCUGUGGAGGCCUUGCUGAACUCAGCAGCAGCUGCUGUCACUUCACAGUUCCCGGUGUUGUCCCAGAGCUCCAGCAGCAGUCACAUGGGCGACUCCAGCAGCGACAGCAGUGCGGAUGUUGUCCUGAACAAACCAUCAGACAUGUGUCACCGCCCUAUACUGGUGGUUUCUUCCAACCCUUCAUCUCUGGCCAACGUCAACCCAUCGGCCGGUCCCUAUGCACAGCCCCUCAGUCCACAGAGCCGCCUCCACCACCCACACCAUCCAAUGCAGGGGCAUCACCAUCACCACCAUCACCACCACCUGCUGCAGGUCGCUCAGUGCGGUGUGGAAGAGCGUUUCUCCGACGAGCAGCUGGUGAGUCUGUCUGUGCGCGAGCUGAACAGACAUUUGCGUGGGGUCAGCAAAGACGAGGUGGUCCGCCUGAAGCAGAAGAGACGGACGCUGAAGAACCGCGGAUACGCACAGUCCUGCCGCUACAAACGUCUUCAGCACCGACACGCACUUGAGUCCGAGAAACACAUCCUCACACAGCAGCUGGAGCAGCUGCAGUGUGAGCUGUCGCGCGUGUUGCGAGAGCGAGACACGUACAAAGCCCGAUACGAGAAGCUGAUCAGCUCCAGCGAGACGCAGCCUUCGCAUCCCAACACCUCGCCUUCUCCCACUCCUCCAGACUACUUUUUGUGA